AUGAAGUUAACAGAGCAAAAUCGAUUGAAAAAUAUAAGAAAAGUAUAUGGAAGAUGCUUGUGGUAUCGUUUGCGAUUACUAAAACCACAACAAAAUAUAAUUCCUACAGUAAAGAAAAUAAUCCUCCUUGCCGGAUGGGCAUUAUUUCUGUUUCUUGCAUAUAAAGUUUCCAAAACGGACAGAGAAUAUCAAGAAUACAACCCUUAUGAAGUCUUACAUUUGGACCCAGGAGCGACAGUAUCUGAAAUUAGAAAACAAUAUCGUGCUCUGUCUCUGAAAUACCAUCCAGAUAAAGGAGGAGAUGAAGUUAUGUUUAUGAGGAUUGCUAAGGCUUAUGCAGCUUUAACUGAUGAAGAAUCUCGAAAAAAUUGGGAAGAAUUUGGCAAUCCAGAUGGGCCACAAGCUACAAGCUUUGGUAUUGCAUUGCCAGCCUGGAUUGUCGAUCAGAAGAAUUCUAUUUUGGUUUUGCUUGUGUAUGGAUUGGCAUUUAUGGUUAUUCUUCCAGUUGUUGUGGGUUCUUGGUGGUACCGAUCAAUACGCUACAGUGGAGACCAGAUUCUCAUUCGCACAACUCAAAUCUAUACUUAUUUUGUCUAUAAAACACGAAAUAUGGAUAUGAAACGGCUUGAGAUGGUUUUGGCAGGGGCCUCUGAAUUUGACCCACAAUAUAAUAAAGAUGCUACAAGCAGACCAACAGAUAACAUUCAGAUACCACAGCUAAUCAGAGAAAUUGGUGGCAUUAACUUAAAGAAGAAUGAACCUCCACUUACCUGUCCAUACAGCUUGAAGGCAAGAGUUCUCUUACUUGCUCAUCUUGCCAGAAUGAAAAUUCCCGAGACCCUUGAAGAAGAUCAGCAGUUUAUCCUGAAAAAGUGUCCUGCUUUACUUCAAGAAAUGAUUAACGUUAUCUGUCAGUUGAUAAUAAUGGCUCGCAGCCGUGAAGAAAGGGAGUUCCGUGCUCCAUCAUUGGGAUCUUUGGAAAACUGCAUGAAGCUUUCCCAAAUGACUGUCCAAGGUCUUCAGCAGUUCAAAUCUCCACUUCUGCAGCUACCUCACAUUGAAGAGGACAAUCAUAGGAGAGUUUCCAAUAAUAAAAAGCACAAAAUCAAAAGUAUCCAAGACUUGGUGAGUCUGAAAGAAUCUGACCGCCACAACUUACUACAUUUCCUAGAAGAUGAGAAAUACGAUGAAGUUAUGGCUGUCCUUGGCAGUUUUCCACAUGUCACCAUGGAUAUAAAAUCACAGGUUUUGGAUGAUGAAGACAGCAACAAUAUUACAGUAGGAUCACUAGUCACUGUUUUGGUCACUUUAACAAGACAGACAAUGGCAGAAGUGUUUGAAAAGGAACAGUCCAUCUGUGCAGCAGAAGAACAACCUACUGAGGAUGGGCAAGGAGAUGCCAACAGAGUUAAAAGUAAAGGUUGGCAACAAAAGAAUAAAGGAACCAAGAAGGCUGCAAAAUCAAAGAAAAAGAAACCUUUGAAAAAGAAACCUGCACCUCCACCUUUGCAGCAGCCAAAACAGCAGAAGCAAAAGCAAGCUAAUGGGGAAGUUGUGGUAAAGGAGGAAGAUGAAGACAUUUCUGAUAAAGGGAGUGAAUCUGAUGAAGAAGAAACUAACAGAGACUCUCAGAGUGAAAAAGAGGAUGGAAGCGAUAGAGAUUCUGACAGAGAGCAAGAUGAAAAACAAAACAAAGAUGAUGAAGCUGAAUGGCAAGAAUUACAACAAAGUAUACAGCGAAAGGAGCGGGCUCUUUUGGAAACCAAAUCAAAGAUAACGCAUCCUGUUUACAGCCUUUACUUUCCUGAGGAAAAACAAGAAUGGUGGUGGCUGUAUAUUGCAGACAGGAAGGAACAGACAUUAGUAUCUAUGCCAUAUCACGUUUGUACACUAAAAGAUAGAGAAGAGGUAGAACUGAAGUUCCCUGCACCAGGCAAGCCAGGAAACUACCAAUACACGGUUUAUUUAAGAUCGGAUUCAUAUAUGGGUUUGGACCAGAUUAAACCUUUGAAGCUGGAAGUUCAUGAAGCUAAACCAGUGCCAGAAAAUCAUCCACAAUGGGAUACAGUAGUAGAAGGUGAUGAGGACCAGGAGGACAGCGAGGGCUUUGAAGACAGUUUUGAGGAGGAGGAGGAGGAGGAGGAAGAGGAGGAUGAUUAAACAGUACUACUAAUUGACUACAAUAUUUGCAUACACUGCAAACAUUUGGUCUGACUGUGGAACUGUACAAUAAACAAGAAACACAGUGCAGAAGCAUUGAGAAGGCUGAGUUUAGUUUCUCUUUACCAAUUAUGAGUGCAUUAUGUGACUUCUCAGUGAAGGUCAAACAAAUCUGUUGCUGUUGGUACACCUUGGAAGAUGCUUAUGGCCUGUUACAGCCUUUAAGUGCAGGAUGGUACAUUUGUUUCAAUUGAAAAUAAAAGCUUUUUUAUUAUAAAUGUCCAAAAGUGUGGGCUAUGUAUUGUCUGAUCAAUUUAGGGUCCAAUAAAAUAAACGGUACUAUUAGCUAGAAGCAAUCUUUAAAUCACUUUUUCUGCAUUAGGAAUUUAUUUUAGAAAACAUGUAGGUAUGUUUGACAUCUCAAGUCUCUGUCGAUUUGAAAUAACAUCUGCUCAAGUUCUGAUCUCAGUAAAUUCUGUGAUAUUCAUUUGAUAUUUUGCAGUGAUACCGCUCAGAUCAUUCAUAGCUUUAAAACAUUUUGUUUUGUUUAACUUAUCAUGGUUUUUGUAAAUUGGCAUCAUAACCGUAGCCACAUUCCAUAGAGUCUUGAGGGCUGCCUUUUGGAAUUACUGCCUUUUUUUCAUUGCCCAGAAUUAUAUUGCAAAUUAUAAACUUUCUUGAUUAGUUAUUAAGAUAAUUCUUAAUGGCUUAAAACAUUUUUAAGCUUCUACUUCAGCAGAUCAGUGCAGGAUCUGAGUCUUUUGAUAAAAUAUAUGUCUGAAAAUAAUUGUGGGACCAUAUGUAACACAAAGUUGGUGGCUUAUAUGGAGCACCUUUUGUAAAAGGUAAACUCUGAAAUCUAAAAAAUAUUCUUAGCUCUUAAUCUAUCUGACACUGUCAGAAUAAAAUAAGACAUGUUAGAGAGGCAUGUUUGGAAUCAGUUUUGAAUUCCCAUCAAUAAUGUGGAUAAAAUUUGAUAGUCAUUUGCUUUUGGAACAGUGUACAUCUCUCUCUUUUUUAGCCACUUCUUCCUACAGAGCCUUUAACAUGAGAAUACAAUUUUUUUUCCAAGUAAAUAUUUAUGUAAAGGGAAAAUUCAUGGCUGCUAGGAUAGUUGGUGUUUCUGUAUAGCCUAAGAUAAGUGCUCAUGGAUAGAUUCCCCUUUUUUAUUCCCCCCACUCCCAGUAUAACAGGUAGAAGUAAUAGCUGUAGAAAUGCAUACAGAUGUCAGUUGUGUAGGGAGAGAUGUAUUUCUAUUACUUUGUACUGAGGAACUAUAAGACUACAAUACCAUAAAAUAUAUUGUGGUUUUGUCUCUGCGUGACAAGCUGUAUUUGUCAUACAGUUUACAUUUCCAAUUUUUGGAAGCUACCCAAGGCCAAAAUAAGCUGCUCACUAAUUUGUGACCUUGUUUAGUAAAAAGGGAUGUCACUUUAAAUGCAAAUUUACAUUGAUAUAUUCUUUGUAAUUGCAAUAGUUGCAAAUAAAAUUUGAAAAUGUCCUAAAUGUG